AUGGCUGAGAAAGUCGAACAUGAAACUAUCGAGCGGGCUCCUCUCCCAUUUCACGACACCACAUACUACGAGAGCCCGCCUGUGAAACGAGGUCACGACAUCGACGACGCAUUUCGUCUUGCUGUCGACGGCCACGAUGUGACUUGGACGGUCAAGGAGGAGAACAGACUUUUCAUCAGCGAGAUCGUCAGCUACAGCGACACUCAAGCGUACGGAUUCGCCGCUCUCUUCGGCCUCGUACAGGAUCUUAAGCUCUAUGCUCUCAAAGUCGCCGGCGACGGGCAAGUCACCAUCGACCUAUCCAAAUACUCGUUUUCAUCCUCGAUUACGAAUCUCGGAGCGGUUGCGGGACAAUUCUUUUAUAGAUUCUCCACGAUUACGCAACCGCUGGCGAUUAUUAUAACCUCGAUGUGGUGGAAGACGCAGGAGCAACCGCUCAGGGUGGUUCUGUUUAUUGCAGGCUCUGCUCUAGGCCAACUAGUCGGACAAGCAAUCGAUCUCGGCGCCACCGGUCUAACUGGCGUAUAUGAGUCAAGUCCAUGGAAAUGGAUCUACGUAAUCCUAGGCUCCGUAACGAUAGGAACAGGACUCGCUACCUUCUUCAUCUUCCCAGCAGCGCCGAUGACAGCCUGGUUCCUAACACCCAAGGAGAAAACAAUCGCAGUCCGCCGACUUACGACCAACCAGACCGGCAUUCAGACGAGGAAAUUCAAACUGAAACAACUGCGAGAAGUCGCGACAGAUUCUCAAGUAGCGCUGCUAGGAGUCUACGCUUUUGCAUUCGCGUUUGCGAAUGCUGCAGGAGGUUCUUAUGGGCCUUUCUUGAUCACUUCGUUCGGGUAUAGUAACCGUCAGGGAAUUCUACUCCUGAUGCCGGCGACAGCUGUUGCGAUGGUGUCUAUGGUAGCCUCAGGCAUCCUUGGAUCGAAGUUUCCACGACACCGGAUUCUGAUCGCUAUGCUAUUCAUCCUUCCAUCCCUCGCCGGGAAUUGCAAUUCUCUGGAAAUCAGAUCGCGACAACGCCCCUACGCUGCUUGCCGGUCUCUAUAUCCCAUCAACCAGUCUACUACAUUCUACGGCGCCCUUGUCCAACAAUUCUCCCUCCUAGCAGCGAACGUCGCAGGGCACACGAAGAAGUCCGCCACCAACGCCACCAUCGUGCUACUAGCCAACCUCGGCGGCUUCAGCGGACCAUGGUCCUACCACGGCAGCGAGGCCCAGCAAGGAUACCCGACCGGACAGAUCUCCACCUUGAGUCUGCUUUCCGCCAGCGAAGCCGCGUUCGCUAUCUUAUGGAUGUACUAUCGCUACAAGAAUAAGGGGAAGGCGGCUUUGCGUGCGGAGCGACCUGAGCUCGUCGAUGAUCCUAAUCUGUCCUUUGUGGAUUUGACGGAUCAGGAGAAUCCUGUUUUUAAUUAUGUCUGUUAG